AUGUCGUUAGCUGACGAAUUGUUGGCUGAUCUUGAGGAAGAUGAAGAAAAAUUCAAACCAGAUCCAGAUAUGGAUUAUGUUCCUGAUGUUUUGCAGACACAUACUCCUAUGGAACAAGAUAUAAAAGUAAAUUCCGUCCGAGAACUAGCAAAACUCUUGGACUCUCCGGAGCUGCAGAACAUAAUAAUCCAAAUAGACAAAUACAGCAAGCUGCCCCGUAAAUCCUCGGAUAUAAUCGGGCCAGUAGAAUCUGACGCAGAGUACCAAUUAAUAGUCGGAGCGAACAACAUGGCGGUGUCGAUCGACGACGAGAUAGCGACGAUCCACCGCUUCGUGCGAGACAAGUACUCCAAAAGGUUCCCGGAGCUGGAGUCUUUAGUAGUAGGCCCGCUGGAGUACGUAAAAACAGUCCGAGAGCUGGGCAACGACCUGGACCGGACCAAGAACAACGAGAACCUCCAGCAGUUCCUGACCCAGGCGACGAUCAUGGUGGUCUCGGUGACAGCCUCGACGACCCAGGGCCAGCUGCUGACCGAGGAGGAGAAAGACGCGAUCUGCGAGGCCUGCGACAUGGCUCUGGCGCUGAACAACUGCAAGCUGAAGAUCUAUGAGUACGUCGAGAGCAGGAUGGCUUUCAUCGCUCCGAAUUUAUCGGUGAUAGUCGGAGCCUCCACUGCUGCUAAGAUCAUGGGAGUCGCCGGGGGUCUGACUAAACUCUCCAAGAUGCCCUCGUGCAAUUUACUCGUCCUCGGGGCUCAGAAGACCACGCUCUCGGGGUUUUCCCAGACCACGGCGCUCCCUCACACUGGGUUCAUUUUUUAUUCAGAAAUUGUCCAGGAGGCGCCGCCGGAGCUCAGGAGAAAGGCUGCGAGGCUAGUUGCGUCCAAAAGCAUGCUCGCCGCGAGGGUCGACGCUUCUCAUGAGAGCACUGAUGGACACAUUGGUCAGGCCUUUCGUGACGAGAUUGAGAAGAAGCUCGACAAAUUGCAGGAACCCCCGCCGGUUAAAUUUAUCAAGCCGCUUCCCAAGCCCAUCGAUCCUGGCCGGAAGAAGAGGGGUGGAAAGCGUGUCAGGAAGAUGAAGGAGCGCCGGGGUACAAUCGGCAAAGCGGGAACCGGAAGAAUAAGACUCCCCCAAAUCGACGAAAAAACCAAAGUCCGUAUCUCCAAAACCCUGCAAAAGAAUCUCCAAAAGCAGCAGCAGUGGGGCGGCAGCACCACCGUAAAAAAACAGGUCUCAGGAACGGCGUCCAGCGUGGCGUUCACUCCGCUGCAGGGCCUGGAGAUCGUGAAUCCGCAAGCUGCCGAGAAAAAAGUAAACGAGGCAAACGCGAAAUAUUUCUCAAACACCGCCGGUUUUUUGAAUGUCAAAAAAUCGUAG